UAAUAGACAUCGGGUCGGGUCUCGGGUCGUCCUCGAAUUCAAACCCUAACCCAUUCCUCUCAACAUUUUAGGACUCGAAUUCCCAAUUGGAACUCCCCAAACCCGAGCCCUCACUCUAAUUCAACACAAGGCGUCGUAAUCUGAACCAGGUGGAAAUUAGGGCUUUUUGAUUGUCAAUGUUGGUGAAUUUUGGUCAUUCUGUGAGUUUUGGAUUCAGUUGAGUAUCUCGAGGAUCCUGUUUUAGGGAUCCGGUGUAUGAUAUAUGUCGAAAAUGUCUUUGUGUUCGAAUGAAGAAUCAACUGAAGUUGGGAGUGUUAGUCCUCAAAAGGAUGUUUCUGCUAGUGAGAAGCUGAAUGAAGAUGAUGAGAGUGUUUUGAGGUGUGAGGAGGAAGAGGAUGAGGAUGAGGAGGAAGAUGUGGAUUUCAAUCCUUUUCUUAAAGGAGCUGUUUCUCCGGAGGCUUCUUCGAGUCUGAGCUCUGAGGUGGAAGGUAUAGAUGGUGAAGUUGAUGAUGUCAGUGGAAACCAUGGUGUUGAUUCGUUGAAUGUAGCUUUUGAGGGCGAGAUGCGUGUUGGGGAAGAUUCUGAGCAUGGGGAGGAAGAAAUGGUUAUGCAAGCUGGUGCCUCAUCUGAAGAUGUGUCGGAUAAUGAAUUGGGAAACUUUGAUUCUGGAAUUGAACAUGGGGAAGAAAAGGAUAACCGCUCUAGUAUGGGACCUGAUGUUAAUGAUGUUACUGAAGGUCAGUUGAGUAACAGAACGGACACCAGGACAUCCACAAUAGAUCUAGAUGAUGAGGGUGAAGAUGCUAUCUGUAAACGCACAAGAGCUCGCUAUUCCUUAGCCAGUUUUACACUUGAUGAACUUGAAACUUUUCUUCAAGAAACAGAUGAUGAUGACGACCUCCAAAAUGUUGAUGAUGAAGAAGAGUACAGAAAAUUUCUCACUGCAGUCUUACAGGGCGGAGAAGGUGAUGAUCAGUCGACGAAAGAAACUGAAAUUGCUGCCGAUGAUGAAGACGAGGAGAAUGAUGCAGACUUUGAGUUAGAACUAGAAGAGCUUCUUGAUAGUGAUAUCGAUGAAAAUACAAGGGAUAGAAAUACAGUGUAUGAGGGAGCUGGAAGGCGACCUAAGACCAGGCAGAAUAGAAGGUCCUCUGCUCGAUCUAAGAAGAAUUUAGGACAGACAAAGAGGUCAUUGCGUCCGCUCUUACCAGUUUUGCCAAAUGGACCAAUUCCCACUUUUUAUACUCAGGGCAUGAGAACUUCAAUACCUGGGACGGUUUCAAGCUGUUUGUCUUCUACAGUAGAUGAUCAUUUCAAAAGUGGAUUCACUGCUCACCAGAUUGGCCAGUUGCACCAUUUGAUCUAUGAACAUGUGCAGCUGCUUAUUCAAGUAUUUUCUCUGUGUGUACUUGAUAACUCCCGUCAACAUAUUGCCUCCCAGGUUCAGAGAUUGAUCUGUGAGAUGCUCCAGAAGCGCAAUGAAGUAUUGGCAUGGAAAACUGUACCAUAUCCUAAUAUUUGCUUUUGCUCAUCAACUGAAUCACCUCAAUCCCAUCUGGUGGGAACUUCACCGUCGUCCCUUACAUCUGAUGCACAUGCAGUGUCGUCUCCUUCCAGUAAUCAGAUUUUAGUUUCCUCAAAUGUUUCUCCUGUCUGGGUGCCUUCUAUAAGCGGUCCUGUGUUAUCUGUACUGGAUGUAGCUCCACUUAGUUUGAUUGGGAGAUACUUGAAUGAUAUUGAUACCGCUGUCCAGGGGAAUCGACGACGUUACAGAGAAGCUAUUUCUGAUAUUUGCCUUGAAAAAGAGCCUUUGUUUCCCCUUCCUAACUUCCCAUUAUAUGCUCAAGCCAACUGUGAAGGUGUAAGUGGGAUGGGUUCCUCUGCUGUCAAUGCGGUUCCACGUUCACCUAGUCAACAACCAAAGAAGUCACUGGCAGCAGCAAUUGUUGAACGUACCAAGAAGCAAUCAGUUGCUUUAGUCCCAAAGGAAAUUGCAAACUUGGCCCAGAGAUUCUAUCCUUUGUUCAACCCAGAAUUAUAUCCCCAUAAGCCACCCCCAGCAGCUGUCACAAAUCGGGUGCUUUUCACUGAUGCAGAAGAUGAGUUAUUGGCUUUGGGGGUAAUGGAAUAUAAUACUGAUUGGAAGGCAAUCCAGCAACGGUUUCUUCCUUGCAAAUCUAAGCACCAGAUAUUUGUCAGGCAGAAAAACCGUUGCUCAUCUAAGGCACCAGAAAAUUCCAUAAAGGCAGUUCGGAGGAUGAAAACCUCACCUUUGACUGCAGAAGAGAUAUCCUGUAUUCAAGAGGGACUCAAGGCUUACAAGUACGAUUUAAUGGCCGUAUGGAAAUUUGUUGUCCCACAUAGAGAUCCAUCCUUACUGCCCCGGCAAUGGCGCACCGCUCUUGGAACUCAAAAAUCAUAUAAGCUGGAUGAAGCUAAAAAGGAGAAGCGGCGAUUAUAUGAUUCAAAAAGAAGAGCAGAUAAAAAAGCAGAUAGGCCAAGUUGGCAAAGUUCAUCUGAGAAAGAGGACUGUCAGGCUGAAAAAUCUUGUGGAGAGAACAAUAGUGGAGAUGGUCCUAUGGAUAAUGCAGGUGAAACUUAUGUUCAUGAGGCCUUUUUAGCAGAUUGGAGACCGAGUACUUCCAGUGGAGAGAGAAACCCUCUCACUGGUAAUGGGCUUAAAGAACCUUGUCAACCCCAGACUGGUAAUAUGCACCAACUUGUAUCUGCCUCGAAGUAUCCCCAGAAUCCUUUAUCUCAUAUGACUGGCACAGGACAAUUUGCAUCGAGUGCUACAAAACCUUGUCAUCCUAUCUUGACAUCAAGCACCUCUGAAUCCCAGUUACGUUAUCCAACAUAUCAAGCUCAUAGAACUACUGGUGCCCACUUGGUUAAACUAGCACCAGACUUGCCCCCUGUGAAUCUUCCCCCAUCCGUUCGUGUUGUCUCACAAUCUGCUUUUAAAGGAUAUAUUCGCGGGGCAUCUUCCCAUGUUGCUGGUGCUGGUGGUAGUUUUGGUGCUGCAAAAGAGAAUGCAGUUUCUCAACUUUCUCAAGUUGGAAGGUCUGGAACCUUCAUCUCUGUAGCAGCUAGACAGAAUAACAGUCAGUAUUCGAAAGAAAGUGUUACAAACUUGCGCCCAGAAGGAUCUAAAUUAUUCAAGGAGAAGUGUGUACAGAAAGGAGGAGAUACUGGUUCUGAUCUUCAGAUGCACCCAUUGCUGUUCCAGCCCCCUGAGGAUGGACGUUUGCCAUAUUACCCAUUGAACUGCAGCACUAGUAAUUCUGGUGGUUCUUACAGUUUUCUAUCAGGACAGCCUCAGCUUCAUUUAACUCUUUCAUACGAUCCCCACCAAGAAAAUCAGGUUGAAGGCCUUGUCAAAUCAUUGAAAGAAAAAUCCAAUAUAGUAUCACGCAGGAUUGAUUUCCAUCCACUUAUGCAAAGAACUGAGAAUGUAAACAGCAUCGCAGUAACAACAUGCUCAACUGCACCCCAUUCUGUUGGUUCAGGGGCCAAGUACGAUCAACUUCAACAUCCUCUUCAUUCCUUUCGGACUGAGGUUCCAGAGGCGGCUACAGGCACUAAACCCAGUCCUGAUGAAGGAGGUACUGAACUUGACUUGGAGAUCCACCUAAGUUCUAUAUCCAGAAAGGAAAAAGAUUUAAAAAGUAGAGAAGUGAAUCAGCAUAAUUUGGUCAAAUCAAGAACUGAUCGUUGUACUGGAACUACUACGGUAGCUCCAAGUGCUAACGCUCCAUUUAUUAACCAUGCUGAAAAUUCUUCUGCAAAUCGUAGCAUUUCUGGCGGUAACACAUCGAUUAUUCCAAGUAAGAACAUGAGUAGAUAUGACCAAUCUGUAAUGGGUGACGAGUCUCAACCUGAUAUUGAGAUGGAACAGGAAGAGUUAAGCGACUCUGCUGAAGAAAGUGAAGAAAAUGUUGAGUUUGAGUGUGAGGAGAUGGCAGAUUCUGAAGGAGAGGAAGAUGGAUCAUCAUGUGAACAAAUCUCUGAGAUGCUAAACAAGGAUGUUACAAGUUUCACAAAGAAAAAACCUGCAACAGUCGAGCGUGAUGACAACAUAUACAUUCGUAGGAUUCCUUCCUUAGAGUUGGGUUUAUCAAAUCAAGGAAUGGAUGAGGCUAGUAACUCCUCAUGGUUGAGUUUGGAUACUUAUUCAGCAGAUCGUGAGGGGAGCAUGACUACAGAAGGUCUUGUUGUUAGAGAGUUGGCGUCACCCCCUCCGAGCAAAUUCUGUAAGAAAGUGAGACUGAGAACAAGAGCUAAUUCACAGAAACAAGUGGUGGACAUAGCGCAACAACUGAGCUUAGGUCCUCUAGCACUCCCCCCUGUGAAAAAACCACGGAAGCGGGUAUGCAGACCCAACUUGAACAUAGGCUUGACUGUAGAAAACUCCAGCAGUGAUAACUGAUAACUAACUUUACAGUUUUCAUUUGUUUUUCGCUUAGUCGAUUUGUAUAGGAUAUAGAUCAACCAUUAGUUCUUGGAUUCUCUAACUCACUUUAGCCACUGGUGUCGUAGCCAAGAAACCAAAGACCUGAGGGUCGGUUUUUGUAGAUGUAGUAAUCAUGUACAUACUAUACCCAACUGCACCAUGGUUUCUUCCUAGUCUACAGAAGGCUUGCCUUGUUAUAU